CAGUGAAAACUGUUAUCUAGUUCAUCCUGUAAGAAAUGACAUUCAAAAUUGUUUGGUUCGUCGCUUUGAUGAUAAUUUACAUUGGAAAGUUAUCAGAAUGCCAAAGACGAAAUCCUGGAGCGAAUUGUUUGAAAACGAAACUUUCAUCUAAUGUUGUUAAAAUGUUCGAUGUUUGCGUUCUCAAGGCCAAAAAUGAAUGUACUGGAAGUUCAAACCAAUCAAAAGGAGAAGAACCAUGUUCCAUUCCUAAAUCAUGGAAAAAAUUAUGCCCUUGUAUGAUUGAAGAAAUUCAAAAGAUAUUUGGUUCUUGUUGCAAAACAUAUAAAGGCUGUGACUAUACCAUUGAAGGAGAAGCUAUGGCUUGCAUUUUCAAUAUGAGUACUAAAUUGUUUUCAUCCUUUCAUGAUUGCUGUGACCAAUUAAAUUCUUUUUGGUAUAGAAGACUUAAUAAGGUCCUUUAUUUGGCCUUAAAAGAUUUUCUGCAAAGAAAAUAUGGAGAAAAUAGUGGAAUACAAUCAUCAUCUUCGUCAUCAUCUAAGACUAUUCAAUCAGAAGCUGCACAGGAGAUCUGUACUGAUUUAAAUGAUUCUGAAUAUACAGAUGCAAAUAUUCAAACAACCAACUGCACUAUCUCUGAGAAUAUAUUACAGGCUUCACAAUGCACUUUCCAUGACUUAAUUGACCAUCUUGAAGACAACUGUGAUAAUAAAGAUGACAAAUCAUCUGAAAGUGAUAACUCUGAUGAAAUGUCUGAUAAAUGUGAUCCAUUAUCUGAUAUGGUAUUUACCAGAUGGAGCGAUAAUAUUACUGUUACCUGCGAGGUCUUUGAGCAAUUUAAAAAUAUUGUACAUAUGUCAUUAAAAAAUUAUGACAUGCAAAAUAAAGAAAAAUCUCAAACAACUACAUUAAAAAAUCAGAUUCUGACAGUGGAGUGUUAUCCUAUGGGUAAAAAGGGAAAUUGCCUGGUACCCCACCCCACCAGCAGCGGGUCCUAA